AUGACGCCUGUUACAAUUAACACGUUCGUGAACCAAAAAGAACCGCACCUUGUUUCCAAUGAAUUAGCAACAAUAUCCUUUGGUGAAUACAUAUUUAGAAGAUUAUUAUCCACCGGUACGAAGUCUGUUUUUGGCGUUCCUGGUGACUUUAAUCUAUCUCUAUUGGAAUACCUUUACGCUCCCUCUGUGGAAUCCGCUGGUUUGAAAUGGAUCGGUACCUGCAAUGAACUAAACGCUGCUUAUGCUGCUGAUGGAUAUUCUCGUUAUUCAAAUAAUAUUGGCUGCUUAGUUACCACGUUUGGUGUGGGAGAAUUAAGCGCCUUGAAUGGCGUAGCCGGCUCAUUUGCUGAAAAUGUCAAAGUCUUGCACAUUGUUGGCGUGGCCAAGUCCAUUGAUUCGCGUUCCGAUAAUUUUAGGGACCGUAACAUGCAUCAUUUGGUCCCGCAAUUGCAUGGUUCAAACUUCAAAGGGCCAAACCAUAAAGUAUAUCAUGACAUGGUUAAGGAUAGAGUUGCUUGUUCCGUGGCCUACUUGGAGGAUAUCGAAACCGCAUGUGACCAAGUCGAUAAUGUUAUUCGCGACAUUUAUAAAUAUUCUAAACCUGGCUACAUUUUUGUUCCUGCAGAUUUUGCGGAUAUGUCGGUUACAUGUGAAAACUUGAUUAAUGUUCCACACAUAUCUCAACAAGACUGCAUAACAUACCCAUCGCAAAUUCAAUUGUUCGACAUACUUGACAGGAUUACCAGUUGGAUGUAUUCCAGUAAAACACCCGCAAUUCUUGGGGAUGUACUAACUGAUAGAUAUGGAGUGAGUGAAAUCCUGAAUAAACUUAUCUAUGCCACUGGAAUCUGGAAUUUUUCCACUGUUAUGGGUAAAUCUGUGAUCGAUGAAGCAAAUCCAAAAUAUAUGGGCCAGUAUAACGGUAAAGAAGGCUUAAGGCAAGUCUAUGAACAUUUUGAAUCCUGUGAUUUAGUUUUGCACUUUGGUGUUGACAUCAAUGAAAUCAAUAAUGGGCAUUAUACUUUCACCUAUAAGCCAAAUGCUAAAAUUAUUCAAUUUCACCCCAAUUAUAUUCGCUUCGUUGACACUAAAUAUGGCCACGAGCAAAUGUUUGAAGGAAUUAAUUUCGCACCCGUAUUAAUGGAGCUAUAUAAAGGUAUUGAUGUUUCAAGACUUUCUUUGCAAUAUGACUCUGGUGUGACUUCAUAUACAAACGAAACAAUGCAGCUGGAGGAUCCUACAAAUGACCAAUCAAAUAACAUCACGCAAGUGCACCUACAGAAGGUAAUGCCUAAAUUCUUGAGCCCUGGCGACGUUGUUGUUUGUGAAACCGGUUCAUUUCAAUUUUCGGUUCGUGAUUUUGCCUUCCCUACCCAGUUAAAAUACAUAUCACAAGGAUUUUUCCUCUCCAUUGGCAUGGCUCUUCCUGCAGCUCUAGGAGUUGGCAUUGCCAUGCAAGACUUCCCAAACGCGCACAUCAGCGAUGAGAACAUAGGAGAGGGCUAUAAACCAAGAUUAAUUCUGUUCGAAGGUGAUGGUGCUGCACAAAUGACAAUUCAGGAACUGAGUACGAUCUUGAAGUGCCACAUUACAAUUGAUAUUUUUAUAUGGAACAAUAAUGGCUAUACUAUAGAGAGAGCUAUCAUGGGACCCACCAGGGCUUACAACGAUGUUAUGUCUUGGAAAUGGACCAAACUAUUAGAAGCCUUUGGAGACUUCGAUCGAAAGCACACAAAUAGCACUGUUAUUGAGUAUCCCUCCAAGUUGGCAAUGAAGUUGGAAGAGCUAAAGAGCUCAAAUACAAGAGACGGCAUAGAGCUUGUAGAAGUCAAAUUGGGCGUAUUGGACUUCCCCGAACAAUUAAAGUGCAUGGUUGACGCGGCUGCGCUCAAAAGAAAUAAAAAAUAG